CGAGUCAGCCCAUGCCACUUUCGACCUCGCCACCGCCGACGCAAGAUGAAGUGCCUUGCCGUUGCCUCUGCCAUCGCCACCACGCUCAUUGCUGCGCAGGAUGUUGAAUGCGACGUUGGCGCUAUCGCAAAGGCGUUCGGACCGAUCGUCGGGGACCUGAACGAGUGCAUGACGGCGUCGGGGUACCAGUUCCUCCCGACGCCGUUGGCGCGACCGACCCAACAACAAUUGACGCUCUUCUGCUCCGUACCCGAGUGCGAUAAGGCGGCGACAAGCUACGCUGGCAUUGCCAAGACCCUUCCCGCGUGCCAGUUCGUUUUGGACAACCAAGCAGUCCCAACGACAGCGUUCUUUUCGACCUUGUGCCCCAACUACGGUGGUCGAACAGGUCGACCUGCCACCACCACCACUAUGGCCCCUACCACCACAUCGAGCCAGACGACGACGGCCGCGCCAGCGUUGGUUCAAACGUCGACGUCGACGCUCGUCCAAGCGUCCAUGGCGGCGCUCGUGGCGGUCGCAACCAUGAUGUUGUAAACGCAAUGCCGCUUGUUCGAAUGCAUGUUCAUGUGAUGUUUUCU